AAAUCACAUAAAACUGCUGUAGAUUGACUGACAUCAGCUCUUCUUUCCUACAAUUUUAAAGUUGAUAAAAAUUCAACAGAAGAUAAUUUUUUUGUACGCGAGUACACAAAAUUCAUAAGGCAUGGUUUGGUGAAUGAUCCUUCUUGUAGGUUGGACCAACUAUUGAACUCACUCUUAUGUCCAUUCAAGCUAUUCUCUCAGCUCUAUGCUUCAAAUGAACAUUCAAGACAUUUAUUUCCAGAAAUUCUGCAGAAUAAUUUUCCAGGUUUACAUUCAACUAUAGUUAACAUUUUUCUGCCCAGUGUGUGUGUAUGCAUGUAAAAAGGAGUAUAGGUACUACAAUUUUAAAGAACUUACCACUUGAGCUUCUGGGUUUUUUUUUUAAUUACAGAUGCUUAUCCUGACAAUGUAAAUCACAGUCUGGCCUUAUGAUUGAAGCAGAAAUUGCUAGGAGAAGGUCUUUAGGGUUUGAGUCCCUAAGGCGAGAAGCUGAGAUCAGGGAAAGGUUCACUCCACUUCACAAAGAAGUUUAUUAUUUGAAGGAGGAUUAUCUGGAUCAAGACUUCCUGCAUAUUGUGUUACAAGCCAAGACAGCCACCAGUAUCCAGUCUGUUUCACACCUGAUGGAAACACUGGGUGAGGGUCUAUUCAGACUGCCUGUGUUCACAAAGCAGUUUUGUCACCUGCUACUAGAUGAGCUAGAUGCAAUAGAAAAAAGUGACUGUCCCAAGGGACGACCAAACAGCAUGAACAAAUCUGGGAUUCUUCUCAAUGAAUAUGGAUUUGACACCUAUCUGCUAGGCCCUUUGAGACAGCAGUAUCUGGCCCCUGUAACUUCACUUCUCUUUCCUAAUUCUGGAGGCAUCUGCUUGGACUUGCCCAAAGCUUUCACUGUAACCUAUGGAUCUGGCCACGACCUUGACCUCAGCUGUCACUUUGACAACAGUGAAGUGACCUUGAAUGUGGCCUUGGGUUAUGAUGGAUUUUCUGGAGGUCAUUUAGUUUUUGGAAGAAUGAAGGAUGAGCUAGCCUCACAGGAUAGUCUCAAAACUCCGCUUCAUGUAGAGCAUCGAACUGGCUGGGGAGUUCUUCAUCGAGGAGGACAUAUGCACAGUGCUGAGAAGCUGCUUGGUGGUAAGCGGUGCAAUUUGAUCAUGUGGAUGCGGUCUUCUGCUGUGGGCAAUGUUACCUGUCCCAUGUGCAAUCAGCCACCACAACUGUUGCCAACUCCUGGUGCAGAUGAUGGUUUCACAAUUCAGGAUCAAGGGACACAAAUAACUGUUCCAAGACAACGUGAAGUGGAUGUAUGUCAUGCAUUAUGAAAGUUGUUCUUUAAGAUGUGUUGCGACAUUAUGGAAUGAUUUUUAUGAGUUUCUGUGACAUAAUAGAGGGUGUGGAGAGCCUAGUGGUUAGAGCAGCAAAGUCAGAACCUAAAAUUAUGAACACUAGCCAAGUCGGAUACCCAGUUGAUACAGCAUACUUCCUUCAGUUGAUACAGAAUACUUCCUGCAGCUGAUGCAGCUGUGGAGUGGGGACCUGAUUGUGUACAGGGUUGGGGAAUGUGAAGCAGUGAGGGAGAGAAGAUCCAUCCUCACAAAAGCUUGCUGUCAGAUAAUAAAGGGCUUUAACAUCUCACUGCCCUAUAACCUUAUAGUUGCAAAACUAUUGUCUCUUUUUUUAUUACAUGGUGUACAUAGAACAUUUCUGUGAAUGGACUGGUAAGUAGAAAUGUCUAGCAUAAGGUAAACAUGAUUCAUACUAACCUAAUAAAAGAAUGAAGUAAACAUCCAAUCUUGUAAAACAAUAUCAUUUUCUAUUCUGAUAUAAAGCAUUUUUGAGUGAAUUCAUGAUGAUGACCAUAAUGAGCAAUUGUCUGCGUACAUGUAUAAGCUCAGAUGUAUUGGUUUGUUCAAGAUAUAGCUUAAGGCCAAGAUUAUGUAUAGAGCACAGAUAAGACACACUUGAAAACAUAUUUGUCUGUUAGGUACACAGCUGUAAACUCAUGAGAACAAAAAAGCCAUAGCUGAUUAUAAUGUGUGUCCUUCUUCAUUUCCUGGACCAUACCAUAUCACAAGGAGUUGAAAAAUAUAAACAUCUUAUGUCAAUGGAAAAUGCA